CGCCGUUUGGGCAGAUUCUUCACGUCAGGACCUCCGCGAUGAAGCUCGAGUCGACACCAGUCUGCUUCCGCGGCUUUUGCCUGUUGCUGGCCGUUGUCUGCGCCCUCCAGACGUCUACUGCGCGCGGUCACCUUUCCGACAUGGAGGGGACAGGAACAGGAGAGAAGCCUCAGGCGAAUUCGAUAUUGAGUAGAUCCAUCAUGGAGAAACAAUAUUUAGACGAGGACGAGUUCGAGGACGAGGGUGAGUUCAGGGGCGAGGAGGAGUUCGAGGGCCAGGAGGAGUUCGAGGACAAGGACGUGUGGUACCUUGACCCUGGUGACGACGGCGAGGAAGAGCUUCUUCUCGAGGAUUACGACGACUUUGAAGUGGCUUACUUGAUGCACAGUAACCAAAAUACGGACGUCAUCUCCACUCGAGGGAAGAAUAUUUGCUCGCCCGAUGCCCAAUUUGUACUCAGGAGCCACACCGGCUUCCGGGCCACGAAAUAUCCAAACAACUACUCUAUUCGCAUGUACUAUUUUAUGGGCGCAGACGUGGGCCAGAUCGCCGUGCACUGCCCCUUCUUCAGGACCGAGUGGAGCCGUCGGUGCAAAGCGGACAAGUUCACCGUCUUCGCUGGAGCCCCGUUUAGGAGAGGCAUCAGGCGGUGCGGGCGGAUCCACGGUUUCUACAGAACGUAUUCACAGAGCAUCAGGAUCGCCUUCAGCACCAACGGGUCCAGGAGAAGAGCCGGCUUCGACUGCACCAUUUCUUGUCUGCCUAAAGUGGGCUCCUCGUCACUAGGCACAGGCUGCCUCGACAUGCAGGAUCCUCCCAUCAACGUCACGACCUGUGAUGACAUUUCGCCAGAACACUUAGGUGGCUGUUCAUGUCACUCGUGUCCGAACAGCGACCGCCUCGAACUCCGAUGCACAAUCUGCUCUGCCUGCGACAUGGAGGUCUUCGCCGCCCACCGUUUUUUAGUGACUCUCGGCAUCACUUUCAUCUUCAAUGACACCUGCAACGACCUCAUCAAUAUGGGCAACUUUACAUACGGGAAUGAAGACCAAUUCCGGGUGUUGCUUCUAUGUUUCCCUGUUCCAGAGCGCGUCACCAUCCCGGUUUGGCCGACUGUCCAUACUAUCUAUUAUUCGACCAAUUGUCCCACUAACGUAGUUGGAGAUCCUUGUUACGAAAAUACCACAAGGCUGAGAGAAAGCUUCAGUAGAAUACUUGGAGACCCACUGAGCGUCAAGAACAGAAGUCCGCUGCUGAAGUCGAGUCCUUCCCUCAAAUACGACGACCUCUCAUUGUUGAAGUCCUUCCCCGGCCUCGAAAACCUCUACCUUAUUGAGGUGCCAGUGGACACGCGCAUGAUACCUUCGUUGGCACACCUUCGCUCCCUCAUGAUCGUAGACGAAAGUGCAGUCGUUGCGGGCCAAGUCUUCGACCUCAAGAACCUUACGGGCCUCACGGAGCUCGUUCUGAUCCUGGGGGAAAAGGAACUCCACACCAACUCCAUCGAACUGGCCUCUCCUUAUUUAGAAUAUGUGGAGAUCCAGGCUAGUAGAACUGCAGUGGAGACCAUGGAAGCAGAUUUUAUAAACAUUACUACGACGACGCACCGAACCCCCGAGUUUACGAUGAAGGUCAACAGCUCCCUCGUGCCCUUCGUGCUGUAUCCAGUCUUCAAACCCCUGCUGAAGACAGCCAUCAUCCACUGGCUUAACGAUGAUGGGACCAGGGUCGACUGCAUGCACUGCGGAGUUGCCUGGUUUUGGAAAUUGUCUAAGGAAGAACUGGCGUGUCUCCAGGUCCAGUGUACCCACCCUAACGGCACCGUCGUCAUGGCACCAGACUUCAUUCGCAGUGGAGGAACUAAUCCUUGUUCCGUUUACUUUGGAUAAGGGUUUCAUCUAGCCAAUUUACAUGAUGACAAACUGGACCUACGGAUUGAAAACCGAAUGCAUAAGGAGUAUAACUUUGGAAUCCACUCUCUCACACACAUUAUAUGAAUUUAUGUUCCUUUAACUUUUGCAACCCUGGCUGUACACGGUAACAUCAAUAAUGAUUUGCUUCCUUC